CAAUUAUCCAUCUCUUUCUCCAUCAAUGUAAAAGUAAAAUCUCCUAUAUCUUCAUGGGGACCUUUUCUGUUUCUUGCGUAACACAGUCGCACUUUCGACGUCUCUUUUGUUGUUUUCCUCCCAUGGGUUCUAUUUCGAGGGGACAAUGAGUCGUGCUUCUACCAGAAACGUCUCUGUUUCUUUGUACUGACACGAAGCUCAAACAUUACACUCACAUACAUCAUCAUGUGGCUUAUAGCUGAUAGCCUUUUGCAAUUCGCAUCUCCUAAAAAGCUGGAGUUUAAUUGUAUUUUUAACGGCUUUGAAUAUUUUAUUUUUAUGCCGUACAUUAUUCGCUUAAAAGGGCACUCAAACCUCAAUCCUCCCCAACAUUUCCAGAAUAUUUUAAUUAUUGUUAAUUGUUAUCCUGUAUUUGCCUUCACACUUGUCUGCAGUUCAUUUUCCUGCAGUUAGCUGAAAUUUCUUGUGUCUUGAAGCCACUGGAGUGACAACCAUGGCUUCAGCUGUCAGUAAUUUCAAUUUAUCGCCGUCUAAUUAUUUCUCUCUGAAUUUGGAGAAAAGGGCUCAUUCAAGCUAUCCAGUUAGGUGCUUAGCCGGCAGAGAUUUAGCCGCCGCCUUGUCUUCUGAUGCUGUAAAGGUCAACGGGACAGUCAAUGGGAUAUUGAAGGAAGAGAGUAAAAGGGCUCUUACAUCUAACUAUGAAAAUGGUCAUGUGAGCUUAAAAGUCGAGGAUAAGGUUUACGAGGAAAAGUUGGAACCUUUGUGGGACGAUGGAUAUGGGUCUGAGACUGUGAAGAACUAUCUUGAUUAUGCCAAUGAAAUAAUCAAGCCCGAUGGAGGCCCGCCCCGGUGGUUCACGCCAAUCUCUUGCGGCCCGCAUUUGCGGGAUUCUCCUGUCCUGUUUUUCUUGCCUGUUCAUAAAAAUUGGCUCUUCUGCUUUGGUCUCAGGGUCUUUGAUGUUUGGUGCAUGCACAUCCCGGUGCAGGAUCGGACCCCAUUUGAAGAAUUGGUAGAGCGGGUUAGUCAAACUGUGAGAGCUGAACACUCUUUGUCUCCAAAUAAACCGAUAUAUAUAGUUGGGGACUCGUUCGGUGGAUGCUUGGCACUUGCAGUGGCUGCGCGAAAUCCCCAAAUUGACCUUGUAAUGAUUCUUGCUAAUCCAGCAACUUCAUUUGGCAGGUCACAAUUGCAGCCUUUGCUCCCGUUUCUAGAAGCAUUGCCCGAUGAGCUUCACAUCUUAGUUCCUUACAUGUUGAGUUUUGUUAUGGGUGAUCCAAUGAAGAUGGCAGCAGUGAAUGUCAACACGUUGCAGCCCCCGACAAAAUACUUUGAACAGUUGUCUGCCAAUCUUACUGCUCUGCUACCACGUCUUUCGGGGUUGGCUGAUAUCAUACCUAAAGAAACCCUGCUUUGGAAAUUGAAGCUUCUAAAAAGAGCAGCUGCUUAUGCUAAUUCCCGACUUCAUGCAGUUAAAGCCGAAGUACUUGUUCUUGCUAGUGGCAAGGAUAACAUGCUCCCCAGCCGAGAUGAAGCUUCGAAGCUUUUGAGCACAUUGCAGAAUUGCAAAAUGAGAUAUUUCAAUGAUAACGGGCAUACCAUAUUAUUGGAAGAUGGCAUUAAUCUACUGACUAUCAUUAAAGGCACUUCUACCUACCGUCGUUCGAGUAAACACGAUUACAUCAUGGAUUUUGUACCUCCCAGCAAAUCGGAGUUCAAGCUGGCGAUCGAUGGAACUGGAUGGUUUAUGAAUUACGUGAGCCCGGUGCUUCUGUCCACUACUGAAGAUGGGAAGAUAGUUCCGGGCCUAGCUGGGGUACCUGAUGAAGGCCCGGUUAUGUUGGUUGGCAAUCACAUGCUUAUGGGUGCUGAACUCAUUCCACUAGUCGAGGAGUUUCUUCGGGAAAAGAAGAUCAAUGUCCGUGGGAUGGCUCACCCGACAUUGUUCGCUCCACUUGUUGAAAAUGAAAAUAAAGAGUUCUCAUUUUCCGAUUACAUGAAAAUAUACGGUGCAUUGCCAGUCACUCCGAAUAAUCUUUUCAAGCUGUUGAACAUGAAUUCUCACGUGCUGCUUUAUCCUGGUGGCGCUCGUGAGGCUCUCCACCGCAAGGGUGAGGAGUACCAACUGUUUUGGCCUGACCAGCCAGAAUUUGUGAGGAUGGCUGCACGAUUUGGAGCGACAAUUGUGCCGUUUGGAGUUGUUGGAGAGGAUGACUUAGCAGAGCUAGCUUUGGACUACGAUGAUCUGUUAAAAAUCCCGAUUUGGGGUGACCGUGUAAGAGAGGAGAACGAGAAGUAUGACUCGUUUAACGUCAGGGCCGGAAAAAGUGGUGAGGUGGCAAACCAAGCUUUGUAUCUUCCCAUGCUUUUACCAAAAUUCCCAGGCCGAUUGUACUGCCUAUUCGGAAAGCCGAUUCAUACUAAGGGAUUACAGAAAGAUUUGUUGAAGGAUAGAGAAAAGGCAAUGGAACUCUACUUGCAAACAAAGUCAGAUGUCGAAAAGAACAUAUCGUAUUUGCUCGAAAAGCGAAAUGAGGAUCCUUACAGAGGAAUUGUCGAUAGGACAAUAUACCGUGCGCUCUACACUCCAUUUGAUCGUGUCCCGACGUUUGAACCGUAAACGGUCUAGCUCGAUGUGCUGGUUAAUUUGUUGUAGUUAUUUAAUUCGUUGAUAUAAUAUAAAAGCCUUGCACGUGCAACAUCUGAGAUUAUGUGAAUCAAGUCAUUGCUCUCUGCAUUGGGUCAACUAAAGGCAAAACUCCAGAUAACCAAAGCAUUGUGUUUCUAGCUUCAAAUCCUAUCACACAUGGAAGAACAAGAUUGCUUUACAAAGCCUAUGUCAAAUCAAUUCAAAUUGGGAGCUCUGAUAUUUCAGCUCAAGAAACUAUCCAAAUAGACCUUACACAUGCUUCUUUGAACAACUCCUGCAUGGAAACAAAGAACAUAAUUUCUUUUCUACCUAUAUGGAGAGAGACAGCCAGACACAUGGGAUAUGUCCAGCUCAGCAGCUUCAUCUUGUGACCAUUGGAUUAGAAUUUACGAGUUAGAG